AUGCAAGUUUGGCGAGGAAAGCUGGCAAGGGCUGCUGUGCCUCCACAACUUGAAGCGUCUGGAGGUGCAGAUGGAAGUGGGCGUGCUGAUCUGGCAGUCGAUCUUGGCUAUGUCAAGUUUGGCUAAGUUGGAGGUCCUGGAAAUUUCAUUCCCCAACGAACCCACGGGGCCCCGUCACCGCAAUGUCACCAAGGGCAGCGCGUCGAUCGAGUUUCCGCUGAAGUUGAGGGAACAGAGCCUAAGGAAAAUGGGCCGCGUCCAGGUCGCGAUUCCCAAGCAGGCUUGCCAAAACUGGCGGGGUUUGGAGGUCCUAAACUCGGUGAAAACGUACGUCCUAAAACGGCCAUGCUUGGUAACUCUGCUGAGUAAUCUCAGGCAAUUGGACCUUUCGCCCAUGUCCAAGCCUCCAGGAUCUCUGGCACAGUUGGCGAGCCUCACAAGGCUGUCGCUUUGGAAGACGCAGUCCGUCAGCGGUCUGUCAGCGGCGACUGGUAUGCACACGUUAUCCAUUUGCCAGCCGACCACCGAUGCGGAGGAUUUGGACGCACUGGACGGCCUCUCGGCGUUGGACACUCUGUUCUUGGCGUUCUGCCGCCUUGCUAAGAUCCCCUGCGAGGUCACGCGCCUCACGGCGCUCACAAAGUUGAUGGUCGUGGGCAAUGCGCUGGGCAGCCUGCCACCUGGAGAGUACAUUUUGCGGCUUACGCACCUCUAUCUGGCGGAGAAUCAAUUCUCAGAAAUCCCGGGUGCGUUGGCGGGCGCCGUUAGAUUGGAGGUUUUGAACGUGCAAGACAACAAGGCGCUGCAGAUUGGCGGAAGUGAUGUGGAGGUGUCGUUGGGGUUGGAGUCCCUGAGGAUGGCGGAUCUGGGCGGCGAGGAGAAGGAAUGGGACCGGGUGUCCGUCAGGAACUUGGUGCGGUUGGCGCUGCAGAAGGGCGAGGGACUGGAGUUGGAGGUUUGA